AUGCGGAAAGGCUGGAUAGAGCCGGAUCCUGCUAAAUGGGUACAGGGAGCCGCAACGCAACCGUUGCGCACCCACGAUCGGCCGAUUCUUAUUGCGCUUAUAAGCGUUAUAAGGGUCGGCCGAUCUGAAUCGGCCUACCCUUAUAUUGACAUUGAUAUUAUGCUGGCAUUGAUCUCUGCCGCAACGCAAUCGUGUCACACCCUCGACCGGCCGAUCCUUAUGCACUUAUGA